CAACAAAGAGCUGGCGGCUCCCGGGGGAAAGGGCUGGUGCGCUGCCGUUCAAACUUGUCAGUCAGCUGGUGCCAGCAGCCCGGCGUGGCCGCCCCGCGCGCGCUCGGUGCCUGUGUCAGCCCGCCCGGCUCUGCGCAUCUGCUCGCAGGCGCGGCGGCCCGGCCGGCGGCGGCGGCGGCGGCGGCGGCUCCUCUCGGCCGGCGGGGCUCCCCGAGCGCGCUGCUCCUGCCUCCGCGUCGCCCCCGCGCCUCUCCCCACCGCGGCCCCUGAUUUAUGGUCGCUCGCUCGGGACUCCCCUCCCCGGCUGCCGGUCCCCGCCUGCCAGAAUGGAAGAGGCCGAUCUGCUCAAGGAGAGACUCCAGGCCAUCACGGAUAAAAGAAAAAUACAGGAAGAAAUCUCACAGAAGCGGCUGAAAAUAGAGGAAGAAAAACUAAAGCACCAGCAUUUGAAGAAAAAGGCCUUGCGGGAGGAAUGGCUUCUGGACGGAGUCUGCAGCGGGAGGGAGCAGGAGGAGAUGCGGAGGCAGAACCAGCAGGACCAGCACCAGAUCCAGCUCCUGGAGCAGAGCAUCCUCAGACUUGAGGGAGAGAUCCAAGAUCUUGAAAAGGCUGAACUGCAAAUCUCCACUAAUGAAGAGGCAAUUUUAAAGAAACUGAAAUCGAUUGAGAGGACGACAGAAGACAUAAUAAGGUCUGUGAAAGUGGAAAAGGAAGAAACGACCAGAGAGUCGAUUGAAGACAUCUAUGCUAACAUCCCCGACCUUCCGAAGUCCUACGUACCUUCCAGACUGAGGAAAGAAAGAAACGAUGGAAUAGAAGAUGAUGAACAAGAUAGAAAAGCUUUGUACGCCAUGGAGAUCAAAGUCAAAAAGGACCUGAAGACCGGAGAAAGCACGGUCCUGUCGUCCAUCCCCCUGCCGUCCGACGACUUCCGAGGCGCGGGAGUCAAGGUGUACGACGACGGGCGGAAGUCGGUGUACGCGGUGGGCGCCGGCCCCCAGGCCGCGGUCAACGGCACCGCCGGCCUGGCGCCCGUGGAGGUGGAGGAGCUCUUGAGACAGGCCUCGGAGAGGAGCUCCAGAUCCCCGACCGAGUACCACGAGCCCGUCUUCGCCAACCCCUUCUGCAGGCCCACGACUCCGCAGCGAGAGCAAGCAGCCCCCGGACCAAACUUCCAAGACAGGGUCAAGACGAAAGUGAACGGACUGGGGAACGAGAGGGGCGCGCCCCUGCCCCGCGCGGACAACGGCCUCGCCGCGGAGGACGGAGGCCCGGGCUGGCACCACGCCGGCCCCGCUCGGCCAGUCCCUCACCCCCGGUCCAUGUCUCAGCGCGGCCAGGAGACGCCCCCCCACCCUCUCCAGAAGAGGCUGGCGACCCCCUGGGAAGAGUCGGACGGGAUGCAGGACGGGGGCGCACCUGCUCCGAAGGCGAGACUGAGUCCCAGAGAAGCCCCGGCUGGGGAGUGGGAACGCCAGGGCCCCUCGCCAGCUUGCCAGGGGUACGAGGAAGACGUCAGAUACAAUAUCGUCCAUUCCCUGCCUGCGGACAUGGAUGGGGCAGAGCCCGUGACGAUGAUUUUCAUGGGGUACCAGCAGGCAGAGGACGAGGAGGAAGAAAAGAGGCUCCUGACGGGGUACGACGGGGUCAUCCACGCGGAGCUGGUUGUGAUUGACGAGGAGGAGGAGGGGGAGGGAGAGGAGGAGAAGCCACCCCCCCGCCCCGCCGCCCCCCACAGCCAGGGCGAGCAGCCCGCCAAACCGACGCCGCUCCCUAGAAAGAGAGCAGAAGCCAACCCCCGUGAGGACGCGCACCAUCCACCUCCGCACAAAAACUCCAUCUCCCGGCAAGAGCAGGAAGAAAGCCUGGGCAGCCCCGCGCACCGGUCUCCGCCGGCCGUCCAGGGCGCGGGGGACGGAACCGAGGACCCGUCCCUGACAGCUUUAAGAAUGAGAAUGGCAAAGCUGGGGAAAAAAGUUAUCUGAGAGGUGUACCAUCUACGUAAACAUCCUCUGGAGAAGAAACUAAGAAAUGUUUGCAGCUUUCUCUGCUGGAUACUUUGUUUUCUUUCUUUCUUUCCGUUCUUUCUUUUUUUUUUUUUUUUUUUUGGAGAUCCAAAAAAAUGACACCCAUAUUAAGCCAUGUGAAUAAGCAGUAGUUAUUAUUUGUGGAAAAAAUUGCAAAAAAAGGUGGGGAGCACAAACACUUAACUUUUCCAGUUACUUGACAUGAUUCAUUGGGGGGAAGCAGUGUAUUUUUAUUGUAUUGAUACCAAAGCAUUUCUAAUAAGAGCUUGUUAAAUUUAAGAAUAAAGUUAUUUAAAAUAA